AUGGCGACAAGUAACACAACAAACCCUCAAGUUCUCAGUCUUCCCGACGGCCGGAAUCUGGAAUAUACCCUCUCUGGCGCCCAGGACGGCUUUCCCUUUGUGUUCAUACACGGCACAGUCGGCGCCUGCUGUCCCAAUCCUACCAUGAGCGCUGUCUGUGCCGCAAAGGGGAUCCGGCUUAUCACGCCCAGCCGGCCUGGCUACGGCGCCUCGACACGGAGGCAGGGCAGGCAGGUGGUCGACUUUGUGGAGGACAUGAAAACGCUCCUUGACUAUCUGGGUGUCAAACGUUGUGUAGUUGCUGGGUACAGCGGUGGAGGUCCCCAUGGCAUAGCAUGUGCAGCGAGACUGCCAGGCUGUGUAGCAGCGCUUGUCAUCGCUGGCGGGGGCCCUACCGAUGCAGAGGAUCUAGACUAUGGCGCGUCGCAUGGAGAAAGCAACCUAGAAGAGUACGAAGCAAUGCAGAAGGGGGAGGAGGCCGUACGAGAGUACUGCCUCAAGGAGCUGCCCGGCAUGACGCAGUCGGAUGCAAAGGGCCUGACAGAGGAAUUGUCCAGCAUCCUGCCCGAGGUGGACAAGAAAGCCUUGCUCGAGAACGACUCUCUAGCUCAAUAUCUUGUGGACCAGUUCCAGCACGGCCUCGGCAAUGGUGUCGACGGGUGGAUAGACGAUGAUCUGGAGCUCAUGCAGCCAUGGGGUUUCCAGCUUCACGAGGUCAGGGUUCCUAUCCAUGUGUACCAAGGCGAUCUAGACAAGAUGGUGCCUCCUUCGCACGGGGAGUGGUUUGCGACGCAUCUUCCCGAGAAAUACGUGAAACCUCACUUGCUGGAGGGGGAGGGACAUAUUUCUUUGUAUCUCAAGUAUAUGGAUGAAAUAUUGGAUUUGGUUCUGACUGAGUCCAAGGCAUGA